AUGCGGAAGGAGUUUGUCUCCCCAUUGUAUUCUAGAUGCUCUAGUAUUUUAACUGCUUUAAAAUGGAAUAGCACUCGACCAAUUUCAAGCACUACUGAUGAAAAGGCGGCUUUAACUCUAAAUGAAAUAGCUGAAAAGUGGACCAUAAAGUGGAAGGCAAUGCCAAAAUCCAAAACAAAACAUGAAAAUGGAUCUAAGUCGUUUUAUUGUUUGACGAUGUUUCCAUAUCCAUCUGGAAAAUUGCAUAUGGGACAUCUUAGAGUAUACACAAUCAAUGACGUUAUCACCAGAUUUAAAAGGUUAAAAGGUCAGCAAGUGAUUCAACCAAUGGGCUGGGAUGCUUUUGGGUUACCGGCAGAAAAUGCUGCAGUUGAAAGAGGUAUUAAUCCUGCUGUUUGGACGGAAGAAAACAUUAAAAAUAUGAAAGAACAAAUGUCUAUGAUGUUGGCAGAUUUUGAUUGGGAUCGAGAAAUAAAUACUUGCUCUCCAGAUUAUUAUAAAUGGACUCAGAAAUUGUUUUUGCUACUUUUCGAGCAUGGAUUAGCAUAUAGGAAAAAAGCAGAGAUCAAUUGGGACCCCGUUGAUCAGACAGUACUUGCUAAUGAACAAGUCGACGCAAAUGGUAAGUCUUGGAGAUCUGGUGCGAUAGUCGAAAAGAAAAAACUAAGACAAUGGUUUAUAGGUAUAACUAAGUACGCUGAUGCAUUAAAUGAAGAUUUAAACAUACUUAAGGAGUGGCCGCUGAAGGUAAAAUCUAUGCAGAAACAUUGGAUUGGUAAGUCAUAUGGUGCAGAGAUAGAGUUUUUGAUCAAUGAUAUAAGUAAUUCUACAAUACCUGUAUUUACAUCAAGACCAGAUACUAUAUUUGGAGUUCAAUUUUUGGCUCUUGCAUUGGACCAUCCACUUACUGUAAAACUUGCGAGGGAUGAUCCAAAAUUACAAUUGUUCAUUGAAGAAUUGAGAGGCAAAGAAGUUGAUACAACUGAAGGAUAUUUGAUCCAGAAUCUACGAGCAUCUAUUCCAAUCGAUGUGCAUAAUCAUAGGAACGAAAAAUUCGAAAUUCCGAUCUACGUGGCGCCCUAUGUGUUAAGCAGUUAUGGUACAGGUGCUGUCAUGGGAUGUCCUGGUCAUGAUGAAAGAGACUUCAAAUUUUGGAAUCGUCAGAAUCCAGAUAUUGCUCCGAUCCAAGUUGUUGGAAACAAAGAUUUAGAGCUGGCCAUUAGGAAACAAGAUUUACCAUUCACGGAGAAGGAUGGUGUCUUAUAUGACAGCUCUGUUUUGAAUAAUGGGAGAAAGGACAUGGGAAAUUACAGAGGAAUGCCAUCGAUGAAAGCGGCAAAAGAAGUUUUGAGUGCUUUAGAGUCACAAAAUUUAGGAAAGGACGUAAUAAACUAUAGACUUAGAGAUUGGUUGAUAAGUCGUCAAAGAUAUUGGGGUGCACCAAUACCAAUCAUUCAUUGCGAAAAAUGUGGCCCGCAGCCAGCUCCUGAUCUGGAUUUACCGGUGGUUUUACCUCCUUUACAAGGACAUAAAUUUACGAAAGGAAACCCAUUGGCAAAUUUGGAAUCUUUUGUAAAAGCCAAAUGUCCAUCGUGUGGUGCAGAUUCAAAAAGGGAAACCGACACUAUGGAUACAUUCAUGGAUUCUUCUUGGUAUUUUUUCAGAUAUUUAGAUAACAAGAACAAGCAAAGGCUUUUUGACCCUAAAAAAGUGAACGAAAAUAUGCCAGUGGAUAUGUAUAUAGGAGGAAUAGAGCAUGCAAUUUUGCACUUGUUAUAUUCACGGUUCAUUUCUAAGUUCCUUGGUGAUAUUGGCUUAUGGUCCUGUGAUUCUUUUAGAAAUGAGCCAUUUAAAAAAUUAGUUACACAAGGAAUGGUACAUGGAGAAACUUUCACUGACCCAGAAACUAAUCGCUUUUUGAAGCCCGAAGAAUUAGAUCUCUCAAAUCCUACAUCACCGAAAAUAAAAAGUUCAGGAAUGAAGCCAAAUAUUACUUACGAGAAGAUGUCUAAAUCUAAAUUUAAUGGGGCAGAUCCUGCUGAAUAUAUUUCAAAAUAUGGACCAGAUGCGACGAGAGCUCUCAUCUUAUUUCAAGCUCCUAUUUCGGAUGUAUUGAAUUGGAACGAGAGUCAGAUCCAUGGAAUCAAACGCUGGUUAAACACUGUUAUAUCAUUACCAGAAAGGAUAAAUACUGCUUUCAGAGACCAUAAACCUAAGAACGAGGAUUCGAAUCAUACAAUGACUAACUUCAAGAAUAUAAAAAUCAAUGAAAAGAUUUACAAUAGCAUUAGAUUUAACGAGUUGGAUUUCAAUUUGUUUCGUGAAGUUCAAGAAUUUAUCGAGCGAAUAGCUGAGUCCAUUGAAAUCCAAUUGUCCUUUAAUACAAUAAUUUCAGACUAUAUGAAGUUAACAAACCUUAUCGUUGCUUCACUAAAGGGAGAAAAUACUGCUCGAAAGGAAAUUAUAUUGGAUGCCUAUAAAACAUUGUUGAUAGGUAUGUAUCCAGUGACGCCCUGUGUUUCUGAAGAAUGUUGGGAGAGAAUUUGUAUUACAACAGGUCGUCCGUGGAGCUCGAUUUCCGAACAGCUUUAUCCAAAAUCACAGAGAAUUGAUUCACCAUUCAUAAGAUACAAUGUGUUUAUAAAUGGCAAAGCCCGGUUACUGUUUCAAGGAAAUAAAUCUUUAAUUGAAUUAGAGGAGAAGGAAAUCUUCGAAAUUGUUUGUUCGAAAGAAAACACGAGGAAGUAUGUAACAGGAGAACUCAAAAGACUUAUCGUAAAACCAGGAAUGAUUAGUAUAGUGACAACACAUUAA